CGGUGCGGCGCCUGCAUUAGCAGGUAUGCAAAGAAGCCUUUUCACCCAGAUGUCCUUAGAGAUAAUAUGGAUCAGUCCAGAGUUCUCCUCUGGGUGAAAGCAGAACCCUUUAUAGUGGGUGCCUUGCAGGUCCCCCCUCCAUCCAAGUUUAGUCUUCACUAUCUCAGGAAGAUAUCCACCUAUGUGCAAAUCCGGGCCACAGAAGGAGCUUACCUGCACCUCUACUGGUCUACAUGGAGGCACAUCACUUGUGGGAAGCUGCAGUUGGCCAAGGACCUGGCGUGGCUUUACUUCGAAAUAUUUGAUAGUCUUUCAGUGGAGACACCUGAGGAGCACCUGGAAUGGUCUGAGGUUCUGUCCAACUGCAUGUCUGAGGAGGAAGUUGAAAAGCAGAGAAAUCAGCUUUCAGUGGACACGCUACAGUUUCUGCUCUUCUUAUACAUUCAAGAGUUGAACAAGGUCUCCCUAAGGACAUCUUUGAUUGGCGAAGAGUGGCCCAGUCCCAGAAACAGAUCUCGGUCUCCUGACCUGACUGUAAAAUCUAAUUGUCAUAAUAAGAACUGGAAUGAUUACAGUCACCAAGCUUUUGUCUAUGAUCAUCUGUCUGAUCUCCUCGAGCUGCUUUUAGAUCCAGAACAACUCACUGCAUCAUUUCAUUCAACCCAUAGUAGUCUAGUGUCCCGAGAAGCUGUUGUGGUGCUCAGCUUCCUUACUGAAGGUACAAUAAGUAGAGCCAGGAAGAUCUAUCCACUUCAUGAACUUGCACUGUGGCAGCCACUGCAUGCAGAUAGUGGCUUCUCGAAGAUCUCUAAGACUUUCUCUUUCUACAAACUGGAAACCUGGUUGAGGUCCUGUUUGACUGGGAAUCCAUUUGGUACAUCAGCUUGCCUCAAGUCUGGAAAGAAAUUGGCUUGGGCUCAUCAAGUUGAAGGGACCACCAAAAGAGCUAAGAUUGCUUGUAAUACUCAUGUGGCCCCUAGGAUGCACCAACUGGUAGUGAUGAGCCAGGUUUACAAGCAGACACUGGCUAAGAGCUCAGAUACUCUGGUGGGAGCACAUGUAAAGAUUCAUCAUUGCAACGAAUCUUUUAUAUAUCUGCUCUCUCCCUUAUGAUCUGUAACAAUUGAGAAGUGAAGGAAUAGCAUCUUUGUCUUGGGCCCUGUAGGGACUACACUUCACCUCCACAGUUGUGACAAUGUUAAAGUCAUUGCUGUUUGCCAUCGUUUGUCCAUCUUUUCUACAGCAGGUUGCAUCUGUCACAUUCUGAUGCCUACGCGCCCACUUAUUCUCUCUGGGAACCAAACAGUAACUUUUGCCCCUUUUCAUACCCAUUACCCAAUGCUAGAGGACCAUACGGCCAGGACUGGCCUUGCUACAGUGCCUAACUAUUGGGAUAAUCCAAUGGUUGUGUGCAGAGAGAACAGUGACACCAGUGUCUUCCGGCUUUUACCACCUUGUGAAUUCUAUGUAUUUAUUAUUCCCUUUGAAAUGGAAGGGGACACAACAGAGAUACCCGGAGGUCUUCCAUCUGUAUAUCAGAAAGCACUGGGUCAAAGAGAACAGAAGAUACAGAUCUGGCAGAAAACUGUAAAGGAGGCUCAUUUGACAAAGGAUCAAAGGAAGCAGUUCCAGGUACUGGUAGAGAACAAGUUUUAUGAAUGGUUGAUUAAUACAGGACAUCACCAACAGCUGGACAGCCUUGUACCCCCUGCAGCAGGCUCCAAACAAGCAGCUGGAUAAGGAUCUUACAUGCAAAUACUGGGCCCUGGAAAUACAAGGAUAAAUGGAGGAUGGUGCUCAUCUUGAAACUAAAUUGGGAAGGUACUAUUG